CUUGAGAAACAGGCCUAUUAAAUAAAAAAAAAAUAUAGGCUUGAUUGAUCUUGACACUGAUAAAGUUUUAGAGGGUUAUGUCGUCUCAUUCAAAUUCUGUGUAGGCAUCUGCUUAAACCGUAGUCUCCUCAUACACACGCCAUUUUAUAACAAUCGUCAUCAUCACAUUAGCAUCAAAAAAUCCACUCUUUCUCACAUUCUCGCACGUGCAAGUUACAUCCUCGGAUUGGACCCCCAAGCGUACUACAUAAAAAAGAAACAUAGUGUUCAAAGCUUCCUUAAGUCGAUUCAUUCGCCCGGGAGAAUACCAAUUGAUCUUAUUUUAGGGCAUAGGAAACCAUACGCCACAAACUAUCUAUAGGUUUUUCUUAUAGACCAAUAUUUCAAGCGGUGCUGGUGUAAUUGUUAAGACACCCGCCUGUAGAUCCAAAGGUCUCAGGUUCGAAUCCUACUCGUGCCACAUGAGUUUGUAUACCAAUCUGACUCAUGUAUAGUAGUUUUGAUUGAUCAAAACUUGUUUCCGGUGAAGGAAAACAUCGUGAGGAAACCUGCACACUGAUUGAUUAUUAACUUUUGUGUGAAAUGGAGAAGGCAAUGGCAAAUUACCACUCCAUUAUUAAUGCCAAGAAAGUUGUUGUGUGUGUAUAAUUCCACGUAAUGACCACGACCCUCAGCCAUGAGGAAUACGACUAUGAAGAAGAAUAUUUGAUGUUUGACAACAAUUUGAAGGAGCAAUGGCGUGGGGGUAUUUCGGCAAGUAUCUGCACUGCGACCUGCCCAGGAUGCUGUGGAACGUGACGACCAUGCUGAGGCUGGUGGCGUUGGAUAUCGACAGCCGGAAUAAGAAUGGUGUCCCUCUCUUAUUAAAACUGCUUCUCCCUUUCUUGGUAUUCGGCUUUUACUACGUAUUUUUCUUCUCCGGUCUCUGGUUUGUGCUCAUCAGGGGCAGUCAAAUUGGCCUGGACCACUACAGAAUGGUGGUGCUAUCCCUAGUCAUCUCUACAGAGAUAGGACCCAUCAAAUAUUAUUAUCUAUUUUGGAACAGAUUGGCGACUAGAGUUCUUUUAGAUAAUUACUUGUCUUGCGAUGCAAAGCUGGACCCCGAAAGUAAAAUGAGCAAAUAUGUCCUUCAGCACAUGAGCAAGGUCUAUAAGAGAGCAGCCAUCUAUUGGGUCAUCAUCAUCGGCAAUGGAGUUGUUUUCUGUGCGAGACCUCUCUUCCACCCAACUGAGAGAAGAAUUGUGGACGAUAAUUUUCCUUUUUAUGGCCUGGAGCCAAGUACGGAAUCUCCCAAUUACGAACUGAGUAUAAUCGCUAUGGUGUUAGCUGUCAUCUUCACCGUGUUCCCUCCAGCCCAGGUCAACGUCCUCCUGCUGACCAUUGUGGGCUACACAGAGUCCCAUCUGAUAGCUAUGAGCUCCGAACUCAGAACACUCUGGAAAGACGCUGAACAGUAUUGCGAAGAUGUCAAGAGCAAUCCAGGACCAGCGAACGAUGUCGAUGAUAAAGUCAUCAAGAAUUAUUAUAUAAGAAACAAACUUAGAAUAAUAAACUAUUUUCACGUGACCAAUAUAGAUUUAAUCAGAGAAACUCAGAGUAUAUUUCAGAAUGCGUUUGCUGGAGAACUGCUCGUGCUGAUUGUCGCUCUCAUCACGGAGUUGCUGGGUGGUUUAGAAAAUACAUACAUCCAGAUACCUUUUGCGUACAUCCAAGUGGGGAUAGAAUGUCUAGCGGGUCAGAAAUUGAUAGAUGCAGGGAUAAUUUUCGAAAAUGCGCUGUAUGAUAGCCAGUGGGAGAAUUUCGAUGUAUCCAAUAGAAGGACUAUUGUGUGUAUGUUGAUGAAUGCUCAGAAAACGCUGAACUUGACUGCCGGUGGUAUCUCGCUCAUGAACUUCGAGCUGUUGAUGAGGAUUAAUAAAGGUAUAUAUUCUGCGUACACCGCGCUGCGAACAAAAUAAUAGAUUCUAGUAGUCCGAUAUAAAGAGUAGACCUACAAUCAUCCCUUAUGGUUCUUUCUUCAUAAACAGUCCGAGUCCAGAUUCACUUUCCUAUGGUUUUUCGCUUCGCCCUUCUUCCAGGGCCGGGUGGAUGCGGCUUUUCUCUUGGCUUUAGCAUUUAUUUGAUCAUAUCAUAUUUUUUGUAAAGUUAUAAAAUCUCUAUCACAAACAAAACAAAGCUGAAUUGUAUAAAGUUUAAAGCCAUACAUAGUAUCAGCUUCUGCCACUGUGCUUUACUCAUGUGUAUUUUGUACUAUAAAGUUUAAAUAAAUGAAAAUAUUUUU